AUGAAAAAAGAAGUCGAGAAAAUCAUCGAUGCUCCCGAACAACAACGAAGAAUUGACCUGCUAGAAAUGGAAAACCAAAGACUUAGAGACAAUCCCAAGAACAACCGUUUCGAACGAAACCGAUUAUCGAUGGAAGAAUCGCUGAAGCUGAUGAACAAGGGCUCCGAAGUACAACGCGCGGCGGCUUUCAUCCACGACGCGUAUGGAAUGUUUCUCCACAAGGAAUGCAAAUCUGGAAUGUAUAAACUAAACAGCUUGGCGGUUGAACUACGAGACGGACACAAAUACCACGAAGAUGUGAAGCCGCAGAUUCGGAAGAAACUCGCCACUUUGGUUUCGGAAGUCCGCGCAGAUGUUUGGCUCUGGAAAACGUACAUCAACGAAGAAGCGAGUUCAAACCAUCAAUGCAUCGUUUGCACGACACUGGGCGACUUGUACGACGAGAAGUACUCGCUGUUCGAUCCUAACAAUGACGACUCGUAUAUUUAUUGA